AUGGCUGAACAUUGGAAAUCAGCACCGCGCUACUGGUGCAAGCAGUGUAAGAUCUUCAUUCGCGACACACCCUUCGAAAAGACCCAACACGAAGCAAGCCCCAAACAUCAAGGCAGCCUCAAGCGCUUCCUCAGACAAAUCCACAAAGACAAUGAACAACAACAGAGAGAUUCACAACGCGCGAAAAGCGAGGUUGAGCGAUUACGACAGGCCGUCGGCGGCGGGUCCGUGUCGGACAAGGACGCCGCACCGCCAUGGAAACGAAACACGCAGCCAGCCCCAAAGCCCGCAGAACGCCCCGCUACAUUAGAAGAGCGAAAGAAACAGAUUGCACAGCUUGCAGAAAUGGGAGUUGCUGUUCCUGAAGAAUUCCGCCGUGAUAUGGCCUUGGCCGGAGAUUGGCAGACCAUAUCCGAGACAAAGAUCGAAGCCACGCAGGGAAUCGAUGGCCCCACAAAGUCAGUUGGAGUGCGGAAGCGCAAACACGAAGGUGAGGAAGAGGAGGACGACGAACAUGCCCCAGAACCAAUCGUGAACAAGGGCUGGGGCUCGAGGAUGAAGCAAUACCCCGGCGCGAAGGAUGACGAGGACCUGGACGACCUGCUCGCAUCCACUAAAGACAUCAGGAGAACGAAAACUUUUACGCCAAAAGUUGAACUCGAAGGACAGGAAACUACCACCGAGGAAGCCGAUGCUACUGCUAAGUCUACCGCUAAGAAGGAAGACGAGCCUAUCAAGCCGGAGACUCAAGAGACCACCACAACCGAGGUCAAGACCGAAGAACCUGCGCAGGUUGCAGAGCCGGCCGAAGAGAAACCACAGAACGAAGACGCUACACCCGGAGUUGUUUUCAAGAAGCGCAAGCCUAAAACAAUGAGAAAAUGA